AUGUUAGCCCAAUCUAGUCCGAAAUUUUUUCGGACAAGUGAGACAAGCGAGUAACUCAGGCGAUUCUUUGUUGGGCGAAUUAUUGUUGCCUGUGUUGUCUAUCUUGCUUUUAUUAUUUGUUUUAAUUAAUAAUAAUUAACACCAUUAAAUUAUAUCUCUACAUAUGUUACAAUUCAUACGCGUCAAAUCAAACUUCGCGCGAUGUUUAGUUAUCAAAACUUAAGAAAAAGCCACAAAAUUGAAAGAAACAGGCAACAAUUUAAUAAAUAAAUUUCGGUGCAGAAUUAGCUGCAUUUAUAUUUUUUACAUUUCAAUUCUUAUCGUCAGUAGUGUUGCCGUACAAAAGCUGUUUAAAUCAGUAUGGCAGGAUGACCAUGGUAAAGACCAUGAAAAUGGUAAAGAGCAUAUGACAAAAGUGCAUUAGAUACCACAUCUAUUCUGUAUCUUGUUUGUGCUAAAAAUUUUACCUCGUAUCGUCGAUUCUUUUUCCGGCGUAUGUGAACAUAUUUAUGAGUAACUUUUAGAUUUAAAAUUUAGUUAAAAAUUUAACAUCUUGAAAAAAUACUUUGCAAAGUAAUCAUAAACUAUUAUUAUUUAUGUUUUCAAGUAUAAACAAUAUUGUAAUUUUAUAAUUAAAGAAAGUUUUUGACAUUGAUCAUGUUAUCUUGUUCUUAUAUGCAAUUAAUUUAUAAUUAAUUUAUCAUUAAGUUUUUAAUAGGAAGAUGUAUGCAUAAUAAUUAUAGAAAUGCUACAAAAUAACAUUAAAGUCACAUUAAAGUUAUUUACAAAAUCUUAUUUACAAUGGAAAAUUGAUGUUUUGUUUACAUUGUAUAAUUAUUGUACAAACCUUUUAAAUUUAUUAGCUAGAUUUUUAUGUUUAAACUAGUUUUUCAAAAACAAAUGGUAUGUAAAUUUAUAUAUCAUUUAAUAUAAUAUAAUUAUAUUUUUGUUUCAGUUCAAUCAUGGUAAAAGAAAUAAUAUGAUUCCUAAUGAGUACUUUCAUAAAGAUUGGCAAAGAUUUUUAAAACUUGGUUUAACCAACCAGGUAGAAAAUAUCGUCAUGAACAAAGUCCCUAAAAAGGGUGAUGCUACUGAAGAAGAGAUGAAACUUGCCAUGCAAGUUAAAGGAGAAAUCAUGCCUAUUAGACACCAAGCACAAGUUGAAGCUAAGGCUCAUGUAAUUUCUGAAGACGAAAAGAAAUUCUUUGUAUAUACAAGUCUUUGUAAUGCUCAGGUUGAUGCUAAAUUAGUAGGAAUUCGUGCAAAACGUGUGAAAGAUGUAGCGGAGAAUCGGAUGAAAUUGCUAAAGAAGAAUCAGAUGAGGUUGCUAAAGAAGAUUAAAAAAUAA